AUCUAUCGCACUCGUAGUCGUAGCUCAAGCAUCAGCGGCAGGAGCUCUGGGCAGCGUGCGCACGUGGGGUACCUAGCUCGCUCUGCUAGCCUACCAUGGCUGAUCACCACCGGGGUGCGACGGGAGGUGGCGGGGGCUACGGCGACCUCCAGCGCGGGGGCGGCAUGCACGGCGAGGCGCAGCAGCAGCAGAAGCAGGGCGCCAUGAUGACGGCGCUCAAGGCCGCGACGGCCGCGACCUUCGGCGGGUCGAUGCUGGUGCUGUCCGGGCUGAUCCUGGCCGGCACCGUGAUCGCGCUCACGGUGGCCACCCCCGUGCUGGUGAUCUUCAGCCCGGUGCUGGUGCCGGCCGCCAUCGCGCUGGCGCUCAUGGCGGCCGGGUUCGUCACCUCCGGCGGCCUCGGCGUCGCUGCGCUGUCCGUGUUCUCCUGGAUGUACAAGUACCUGACGGGCAAGCACCCGCCGGGCGCCGACCAGCUGGACCACGCCAAGGCGAGGCUGGCGUCCAAGGCCCGCGACAUCAAGGAUGCAGCACAGCACCGCAUCGACCAGGCGCAGGGGUCUUGAGAGAAGAACCACACUCGAGCGGACCGCGCGCGCGACCUCCUUGAACCACUGCCGGCGCGGCGGCAUAUGGCCCUUAAAGGCGGUGGCUGCUGCUACGUACGCUGCCGUAGAGUCUCGGUCGCCGCGAUAGCUCUAGCUAGUCGUUUAUGUGUUGUGCUUUGUGUGUGCAUGCUUGUGUCUGGGGGCAUGCAGUGCAGUGCAGUACUAUAUGCUGUAUGCGUCUCUCUUUGAUCGGAGAGGCGGAUGUACAGCAUGCUCGAUAUGUCUAGUUUGGAUGUCAUGUUUAUGAUGAGGAAUAAAAUGCAGUGUUCAGGUG